CGGCCAGCUCCGGCGGGCGGCGGGCGCUGGAGCGCAGCGCAGCGCAGCCCUAUCGGUCCGCGGAGCGGGCGGAGCUGGCAGCGGAGCGCGGCCGCUGAAGACUGGCGAUGGGGGCAGGUGCCGCCGGCCGUGCCAUGGAUGAACCACGCCUGCUGCUGCUGCUCCUGCUUCUACUCCUGGGGGUGUCCCUCAGCGGGGCCAAGGAGGCAUGUUCCACAGGCUUGUACACCCACAGCGGUGAGUGCUGCAAAGCCUGCAACCUGGGCGAGGGUGUGGCCCUGCCCUGCGGAGUCAACCAGACUGUGUGUGAGCCCUGCCUGGACAGCGUGACCUUCUCCGAUGUAGUGAGUGCCACCGAGCCGUGCAAGCCCUGCACCGAGUGCGUCGGCCUGCAGAGCAUGUCAGCGCCAUGCGUGGAGGCGGACGACGCUGUAUGCCGCUGCGCCUAUGGCUACUAUCAGGACGAGACGACAGGUCGCUGCGAGGCAUGCCAAGUGUGCGAGGCGGGCUCGGGCCUCGUGUACUCGUGCCAGGACAAGCAGAACACUGUGUGCGAGGAGUGCCCCGAUGGCACGUACUCCGAUGAGGCCAACCACGUGGACCCGUGCCUCCCCUGCACGGUGUGUGAGGACACUGAGCGCCAGCUGCGCGAGUGCACGCGUUGGGCUGACGCGGAGUGCGAGGAGAUCCCUGGCCGUUGGAUCACACGGGCCACGCCCCCAGAGGGUUCGGACAGCCCAGCUCCCAGCACUCAGGAGCCAGAGGGACCUCCGGAGCUAGACCUCCUAGGCAGCACUGUGGCAGAUGUGGUGACCACAGUGAUGGGCAGCUCCCAGCCCAUGGUGACCAGAGGCACCGCCGACAACCUCAUCCCCGUCUAUUGCUCCAUCCUGGCGGCUGUGGUUGUGGGUCUUGUGGCCUACAUUGCCUUCAAGAGGUGGAACAGCUGCAAGCAGAACAAGCAAGGAGCCAACAGCCGGCCGGUGAACCAGAGCCCCCCACCCGAGGGCGAAAAACUCCACAGUGACAGCGGCAUCUCUGUGGACAGCCAGAGCCUGCAUGACCAGCAGCCCCACACUCAGACGGCUGCAGGCCAGGCCCUCAAGGGUGACGGAGGCCUCUACAGCAGCCUGCCCCCAGCCAAGCGGGAGGAGGUGGAGAAACUGCUCAACGGCUCUGCGGGGGACACGUGGAGGAACCUGGCGGGCGAGCUGGGCUACCAGCCCGAGCACAUAGACUCCUUCACCCACGAGGCCUGCCCUGUCCGUGCCCUGCUCACCAGCUGGGCCGCCCAGGACAGCGCGACACUUGACGCCCUCCUGGCCGCCCUGCGCCGCAUCCAGCGAGCCGACAUUGUUGAGAGCCUGUGCAGCGAGUCCACGGCCACGUCCCCUGUGUGA